AGGGGCGUGGCCGGCGCGCUGACGUCAUCACGCAGCCCAUGGCCUAUAAAAAGGAGAGGCGCGGGCUCCUGUUCCUUUUAGUAGCCGGGGAUCGGUGAUCGAUGUCGCCGAAAACAAAACUUGCGUUUGAGGGAAAGAGGAGGCCGGUCUGGCAAUUCACCCUGAACAUCUCCAAUCCAGUGGAAGAUGGUAUCCUUGACUCGGCCAACUUUGAGCAGUUCCUGAGGGAGAAGGUGAAGGUCGGAGGGAAGGCUGGGAAUCUGGGCAACAUCGUGCAGAUUGAACGCUUCCGGAACAAGAUUACCGUCACCUCGGCCAAACAGUUCUCCAAGAGGUACCUGAAAUAUCUGACAAAGAAGUACCUGAAAAAGAACAAUCUGCGCGACUGGCUGCGGGUGGUUGCCUCUGACAAGGAGAGCUACGAGCUGCGCUAUUUCCAGAUCAGCCAGGAGGAAGAGGAGUCUGACGCAGAGGACUGAAGUGCUGGGAACAGCAGACACAGAAAUUAGAAACCAUUGAGAACUUGAGUGAUGGUUGCUUGCCAGUGGUGAAGUGACAGAUCAGGCAGCACAAGAGGAUGUAGUCAGCACAUUCUAUCUCAGCUGUCCUGAUUAAACGCUUUCCUACUCUUUUGCCAAAGGUUUGUCAUUUUUCUCCUUCCAGUAUCUUCUCCCAUUUUGUAGAAUUUAGAACAGUACAACAGGGACUUCAGCCCACUGUGUUGUUCCAAGCUAGUUGAAUUUGCCGUCAAAUGGCCAACUAAACUAAUCUCUUUCUCCUGCCUACAGAAUGACCAUACCCUUUCAUUUUCCUCACAUUCAUCUGCCUUUACCACCACCCCAGGCAGCGCUUUCAGCACACUCCCCACACUAUAAACAACUUGCCCCUCAUCUCCUUUGAAAUUACUCCUUUUAACCUUGAAUGCAUGCCCUCUGGUAUUCCAUCCUGGGAAAAAGAUGCUGUUUGCCUACUCGUGCCCCUCAUGGUCUAUCAGACCUCCCCUCAGCCUCCACCACUCCAGAGAGGACGGCCCAAGUUUGUCCAAUUUCAUACAUCCCCUCUAAUCGAGGCAGCAUCCUGGUGAUCAUCUGUAUUAAUGCCAGCUGAAAACCUAUCCAAUAAAAAAAACUUUAUCUUUUCCACUUUCUCCUUAAGAAAGUGUCAUAUUCGUUAUUCUAUUCUCAGACUCCAGGGAUAUAUAAGGACAGCAUUCCUGUCAUGUGAUGGCACACGCUCGGCUAAGAAAAUCUAGGCCAUGCGAUUCUGCAAAGCCUUAGUUGUGGUAGCUACUAUUUCAGCUGUUAAUUCUUUUAUCUGCAAUUGCACACCCUCCAGAGCUUAAGCAGUGUCAUUCGCCAGCUUCAAGUGCUGAAGCCAGCGGCAUCAAUUCUUGAGCUGCUCUUGUCUGCUCCAUACAUAUGAAACAUGAUCAUCCAGAGCCUGUCUGGACCUCUAAUCGCCCUCUUCCUUCGCUGGUGGGCAAGGGGAUAUGCUUUUAAUUAAUGUCUUUUUGUCCUUUUAUCUUCCUGUUUGCACUUUGUUCCAUUGUAAAGCAGUUUGAGCUACAUUAUUGGUAUGAAAAGUACUCAAAGCUGAAAUUCAACAUUGUUUUGAGGGCUGACGGGUCACAAAUAGAAAAUUGCGCAGGGUGUCAGGAAGGUCUUUGCACUGCAGGCAUUUGGAGAAGUGACUUCACAUGUAACACAAGUUAAUGAAAAUAGAAA